CUUAUAUUUAUGCAAGAAAAGGCACAGGAAUUAGUAACGUGUAAAUUCUGUAAGGAAAGAUUUCCUCUUACAAUAAUGUAUGCGCAUAGAACUGAAUGUAAUAUUGAGAAUCACCCUGAAUAUUAAUCUAUGAUAUAAAAUGAUGAAGCUAUGCUCUAAGAAAUCUAGGAGGAAUUUCCAGAUGACUCAUAGAAUAUAUUGAAUAAACCUCAAUUAAUUAAGAACUAGAAAGUUGAAAACACAGGGUUAGAAAAAUAACUUUAAGAAGAGUUUCCUUAUUAACUUAAAAGAGAGAUAGCUCCUUAAGCUAUAAAAUAAUAACAGAAAUUAGAUGAUCUAUAAACAGAAUCUAUUUUGGUUAGAACUACUAAAAAGUGUGAAUAUUGCAAUGAGCUUUUUCCUAAAGAACAAAUUGAUGAUCAUUAUCCUAAUUGUUAAGCCUAUUUGAUGAUAGAAUAACUAUAAAUAGAGGAGACUCAAAGUAAAUUUUAAUCAAAUGAAAAUUACAUCGAUAAGUAAGGUAUGAUUGGAUAAUAAAAGGAGACAGAAAACUUUUCUACAAUAAUUCAUGAAGAAUUGUAAAGUGAUGGGAAAAUACUGCAAAAGAUAAUCACUCGAGAUCCACUUACUAAUAAAACAUAUGAAAAUGUGUUUUUAAUCGAUUCCGAUAAUGGCAAAUAGUUAGAGCAUGUUUCUGAAUAAAUAAUAGUGCGUGAUAAUAACAAUAGUUUUCAAUAGUCAUUUUAGAGUUUCAUCAACAAGGAUUUGAUUGAUUUGGAUCAAAUCGAAGGAAACGAUCAACAAGAGUAUAGAAUUUAUUAUUAAACUAAGAUUACUUAUAUAAUAAAUAAGAAUUUAAAAUUUAGUUAAGAUAAAAUUUUGUGAUUCCAAAUAGCUUGAUUAGGAAUUUAAAUCAUGUGGGAUUUGCUUUAUGAAUUAUUUAAAGGGAGAAGACCUAGUUUUGCUACCAUGUAUUCACAGGUUUCAUGUUAAAUGCAUGAGCAAGUGGUUAAUAGAAUAAUCGACUUGUCCGAUUUGUAAGAUAGAUGUUGAAAAAUAAAAAACUUGA